GGAGUUGUCCGCCCUCUCGUCUCUUCUGCUACGUUGACCGAAGAUAACGGACAAUCACAGACCCACAGGAAUCCACAAGAGCUAAAGCGGCUGUUGUAGAACUAAGUAACGAUGCCACUGAAAAAAAUCCCCCGAAUCCUGUCACCAGAUUUAUUGUAUAUUCUGAGCUCCAUGGGACAUGGUGACGAAAUAGUCUUGGCAGAUGCUUAUUUUCCUUCAGCUUCGGUUUGUCGGUGUGGACCCAAAGAGAUUCGAGCAGAUGGUCUUGGAGCAGCUGAUCUUCUUAGAGGAAUAAUGGAACUGUUUCCCUUGGACCAGUAUGUUGAAAAACCAGUUGCAGUUAUGCACAGAGUUCCUGAAGAUGAGGCAAAAGGACUACCUGUCCCUAUCUGGGAUACAUUUCAGGAGAUAGUUGACAGUGCUGAAGGCAAAAAGGUCCAAAUUGAGCAGGUGGAGCGUUUUGCAUUUUACGAGCGUGCCAAGAGGGCAUUUGCUGUUGUUCACACAGGGGAAACUGCACAGUAUGGAAACAUCAUCCUGAAAAAAGGGCUGUGUUUCUAGAAAUGGCAGUACCAACAUAUUGUUUUAGACAAGUUUAUGUUAAUGAUGAAGCAAGAACUUUUCUCAAUAGGCAGAUGGGUUAAAUGAUUUAAAAGUAUUUUUGUGUGUGCGUGUGUGGCUUCUACACUUUCUCGAUAAAGUCAUAAUAACGUGUAAGUCAGACUUAAGGAUGGAAAAACUGCCCCUCUGUUGGUGUACAGAUGCUGCUUUUACAUCAUGGGGUUAAUAAAAUUUUUCCAGUUGGACCAUGUGAUAUUUCUUGAGAAUAUGGGUCAUCAAACCAACAUUUUGCUUUUGAUAUAGAGAUGAUUUCAAAGCCAUUUGUGUACUUCUACGUAUGUGAGAAAGUGUGUGGGUCUAUAUAUUUUUUUAAACUGGAUUAAACAGUACUUGAUUUGUGCACAUCAUGAAA